AUGUUGGACUUGUUCAGGAUACCGUCUGUCAGGAGGAAAAGGCGAAGGGAUUCGACUGCGUCAACCUCUGUCCCACGACUUCGAUCUUCAGCAUCUCUUCCCGAUCUCAACGUCACGAAUCAACCCUUCUUCAUCCCCGACGAGGCAUUUGACUUGGCGAGACUACGGGCAACCGCCAAAACUGGCCUCGAACCUCAAAGUAAGAUAUCGUUGAGUCGAUCCAAUCAGCCUCGCUAUAGUUCGGCUCCUCUUCAAAAAGGAGCAGAGGUUCAGAAGGUCGAUUCGAAUUCGCCUUUCGACAGGAUCCGGUCCGUGUCAAUCACUUCGAGGCCUUGUUCCGCCUUGAGCAGUACGACUACGGGGCCCACUCCAGACUUUUUCUCCCACCAAAAAGCCCGACGCUCCUUCACCUCCGUGCGCACCGCUGAGACGAAAGUUAUCAUUGGUGAAGCCCAUCGGCAGGAAAUGAACAAGCUACGGAAGCCCUCUACCGGGAGAAAGUAUGUCGAGCCGCUGGAAAGCGAUCCCACCUAUACCGUAGGACCCAAACCGCACCAUGCCUACCAUCCUUUAGCUGUUCAGGAUGUUUCAAGCGACUUUGAUACUCGCUCUGGAAGCCUUUCAGACCUGGGUGCGUCUCAAUCAGUCACACUCAACCCCGUUUUCCAAGAAGGAUACGACGUUUCUCGGGAUUUCCGCGUCUCUCCCUCAGCGACCAGCGUGCGACACACCAAUGGAUCCGUGUACGGCGAUCAAGCGGGAGCCCAGGAGGUCUCGCCGUCUUUCCAGCCUUCUCCGUCAUUUGCGACGUCUGGAUCGACCCGCAGCGUGCUAGACCGACCGAGAAAGAGCAUGAUUUUCCAUCAAGCCCAGCAUGAGGCAGAAACGGCCGGCUCGGAAAGAUCACCCGGAGAGGCGAAAUCGAGCGAGAGCAAACCCAGGGCUACGAUCAGCGUUAGCUCGGUGAAAGGGCGAAGAGGCAGGGACGUGCACGGCUUGAACCUGGUCGUCUGUGGAGCCAAGGGGAUCGGUAAGACGAGCUUUUCGAGACUCCUAAUCGAUAUGCACAAGCACCCGGAUCUCGGUCGUCAUGUACCAGGUCUGCUUGUCGGUGAAGAAUCCUCCGGCAACCAAAGUCAAUCUGGCCAAGAGGUUGCUUCACUUCGAGCCUUUCAGCGGUGCAUGCCGACCCGUAGCUUCGAACAGCAUUCCGUACUGCUUACUGUGGAUCGCCUCGCGUCCCCUGUCCCGACCAAUUUUGCGAAGCGACUUUCACGCUAUCCAGGCAAACCAACCCAAACUCUACAUCCUAUCAGCAUCAUCGAUACACCUGGUCUUCACGCUACGGAUAGCAUCGAGAGAGAAGCAGCUAUAGCAGGAUUGGAACGGCUGAUCGAGGGAAGAAUGGCCGAUAGGUUAAACCGCGAGGUUCAGGUUGAACGACGCAUGAAUCGCGGCGGCACGGAAGACGAUCAUCUGAUCCAUCUCGUGUUGUAUUUGAUCGAUCCCGGCUCAGUGUUGUCACGAGCGGAAGCAACGUCAUCGGAUCCUCCGGUUUUCGACUUCGUCGACGAGGAGGCCAGCAAAGCCGCUGACGCGUGGAAGCCUCAGCUGCGCCAGGAAGAUGUGGCGGCAAUCUCACGUCUUUCGUGUAGGACCUCUGUGCUACCGGUGAUCGCAAAAGCUGAUACACUGACUUCACAAGAACGGGUCGUAAUCAAGCAGGCGGUCUGGCGCGAUCUUCUCGCUGCUGGGUUAUGCGAUGGUCUUACCGUGUUUGAGGGGCUAGGCGACCACCAGCUAUCCGACCGCCAGGAAACGGAAUCCUUGCAUCCAACUGGGAGCCCUUUCGAGACGCUCGACGAGCAGGAUGUGGUCUAUACCAAUACAGCAUCUAGAUUCGGAAACGACACGCUUGCACGAAUCCUCCCCGUGUUUUCCGCGAAUCCAGAGCUUUCCGUGAACGAAAAUCCAGAGCCUACUUCGGCGGUUCAACAUAUGCCUCUCAGUGGUUGUCUCUCUCGAAAAUACGCUUGGGGCGACAUUAACGUCUUAGACGUCCGGAUCACGGACACGGCUGGCCUCUAUGCUUCUAUGCUGUCCAGGACGUUCACAGCUUCUCGACAAUGUCAUCCUCGGAGCGCUGCGGGGUCAUCGAAAGAGGGAUCGGCCAAAGGGUCGGCGAAUAGUCUGGCAAAUACCGCACCAUCUCAUCUACCUAAGAGACCGGAGAUAGCUUUCCCUGGAGGCUCGCUUCUAGGCACGACUCACAUGAACGGUGUCACAAGCAACAUGUCAGCUAGCAAGAGAUCAGAGUCGGAAGUCAAACCCGGGUUGCCAAAGAGGCCGGAAGUCGCUUUCCCUGGGGCCUCGUUUCAAGGAACAGCCCAGAUGAACGAUACCCGAUGGAAGAGAGAUCGCUUUUCUGAUGGUCGACCCGAGACGAGAGCAGCUUGGGACCCACCAUCCCACAAAUCCGGCAGGAACCAACAACACGGUCAGGUCAGACCUGAUUAUGGGUCGAGCUCCAUCUCGAGUUCCUUGCUCAGGCCGGCCUUUACGCCAACGACACCAAUGCGUGAUCUUCCCGAAUCCCACCACCACCGACUUCCAGACCCUCAAUCUGCCUCGCACACAAGCACUGGCUCCAGUCUACUUCAACCAGUUAUCACGACGACAUUUCGAUUGCAAAAUACCGCCCAGUCCAAAGACCAACAAGUCAUGAAACCUGCGACAACCGGGAUCAUGUCCAAACCGCACCACCUUGGCCUGAAUAAAAGUAACAGAGCUCGCCUGCAGAAGAUUCUUGCUCCAUUGCAGGAUAAGUUGCAAGUCGAUCAGUCAGAAUGGUCUAGGUUCAAGCUUUGGACUGAGAUUGGAGAAGAAGGGCCAUACUGCCGUACUCCGAGUGGACGAAAAAGAUCGUCACCAAUAGACGAAGCUCGCAUUCUAUUUCGAAUCAAAGCGGACGACUUCUUCUAUUACAUUCAAGGUGGCGAUGAUAGGGAGAAGAAUCCUCCUCUUGUCCCUGAAUACGUAUCAGCCAAAAUGUGGCGGAGACGACGUGCGGUUUCGCGAUCGAGCGUCGUGGAGACAGAUAUGCAAGCUCGUUUCGAUCGAUUGCAACGCUUCGUUGCCCAAGUGCCCUCAAUUCCGAUGGACUUGUUGAAAAGAUACCCUCUCUUGGCUGGAGUUGCUUUUCGUGCGAUAGAAGGGGGUGCUUCGGAACACUCGACGAGCAAGAUAUCUGGAGGGCGAGAUGGUCAUUUGGGAUCCUCCGAUGGGCGCUUCGAUCAGAACCUGCGAAGGAGGCCCUGGGUACCUGGAGAACCUACGCGGGACCAGAUCAAUAUGUUCUGCAAACGGUUCAUGCGUAUUGUGGACAGGCACAUCAAGUUCCUCAUGAAGGGUAAGCUUCCGAUCUCGGUGCGAAUGUUGCUCAACAAAUUGAUGUCGACAUCCGCCACCUUCAUUACGGAAGAGGUCGCACAGGAACAGCAGACUACGGGAUGCGUCGCACUUGGAGGGAAAGAGAAGAAGAAGCUUAGGAAACCCAGCAGAAAGGUCGCUAAGGUCGAGCGAAAAGCUUUGAAGAGAUCCUCUGAGACCAGCGGGAGACAGGCCAAGAAGCUCCUGAGAGCCGCUAAGUUUCGAAGGAUGAAAAGAGCUCUCGCCGCCAAGCGAAGGUAUGCUUACUUUUGA